AUGUGUUGGUUACAUCAGGCAUGCCGUAAACCUUCGAGAAGGCCGUCUGGAAAUGCCGCGAACCAACGCUCAACAGACAUGGCUACCCAACCUCUUCCAUUUGGUGUAGAUACCAAAAAGAUCAAACUGCCUCUGCUGGAAAUUGGCGAUAUCUUCUUUGCAUGCUCGCAAUGUCACUCCUCUUCUGGGUCUUCAGCAUCGAGUUGUUGCUGUGGUCGAGUUCAAAUGGCAGCAGUCUCCAGGCCAAUAAUAGCGUUGCCAGAGCAACAUUUGUCGUCCAGAGUCUGCAAUCCCAUUGACCCUGUUGGGGCCAAUCAGCCGCCAAUGCCU